UUAUGGGAAUAUUGGAGUGAUUUUCCUCGGUGUGGAGGGGGGGUUGUUGCAGGACUGUUAUUCCCCCCACAUAGAGCAGAUCUGAUCCGGGGUGCAGAGGGGGUUUCAAUGCGGCUGAUUGGAGACCCUGCACCGGGAAACAUGAACAGCAGCGGCGGGUCUGGAAACUUUCUGCUGGUUCCCAUCCCGGAGUAUCCCCUGCUGGACUGCGUGCCUAACAGGACCGCAAAGAUCGUGGUGCUGGGGGCCAGCAACGUCGGGAAAACCGCUCUUAUUGUCAGGUUUCUCACCAAGAGGUUCAUCGGGGAUUAUGAAGCAAACACUGGAGCGCUUUACUCCAGAAAGGUCACCCUGGAUGGAGAGGAAGUGUCGCUUCAGAUCCAGGACACUCCCUGUGUGGCGCUGCAGGAUGAUGCUGAAGGCCUGUACUGUCAGGAGCAGAUCAACAGAUCUAUUUACUGGGCGGAUGGAUACGUGCUUGUGUUCUCCAUCACGGAUCACAACAGCUACCGCACCAUCCAGCCGCUUUACCAACACGUCAGACGCAUACACCCCUCUGGAAAUAUACCCGUUAUACUGGUUGGAAACAAGAGCGAUCUACUCAGAGCCAGACAAGUGCCGGCAGACGAAGGCGAGACGUUAGCUUCUUCGCUAGGAGGAGUUUACUUCGAGGCGUCGGCGAGAGAAAACCACGAAGGAGUUCACGCUGCCUUCCUGCAUCUCUGUCAGGAGGUGAUUCGAGGAGGGGGUAACGGUGAGAAACGAAGAGGAGGCCUUCAUCUAGCCAGACCUAAAUCUCCCAACAUGCAGGAGCUGAAGAGGAGGUUCAGGCAGGUCCUCUCCUCCAAAGUCAAAUCAUCAUCCUCCGCCCUCUGAUCGAACAGAAACAUCCCGGAGAUAAGAGCUUCUAUGGAAAUACAAAGUCCUCCUUUAAAGUGGAAGCAGUUUGAGAAGAAGUUUGAGAACUGAACAGCCUCUGUGGUGAUCGAAGCGUUUUAAAGAGUCCUCAUGAGAGAGAUGAAGACAAAGCUCAGGGUCAACGUGACCUUCUGAUGCAGCUCAGAAGGAACCGACUGAUACAAAAAACGAUGUAUUGUGUCAGAAACGUUGCGUUUUUACCAACAAAGGACAGUGAGUGUGUCCGAAAUGCGGGUUUACUGCAAACUGACCCAUGUCUCCGUUUUCUUGAGGCUGAAAAACCACUCUUAAUACAUCAACGGUAAAGAAUUAACGAGACAAUUAAAAGGACAGAACACGUUGUUUGUUACGUCCGGCUUGUAAUUGACAUUUUUGCAAAUAGACAGGUUUUUUAAUUGGGUUGAAAGUUGUUAAUUCAUGUGAGAACAACGGCAGAUUUCAACUUGGCUGAUACCAAAUAAAUGCACAGCGAGUCUCCAUCUUCUCUCUUGAAGACUUGGUAAGAAAAUAGUCUGAACCAAAACAGGAAAUGACCCCAAAUCGAACUCGUUCAAGGCUCUUACACCGAGACGAAUGCUGCCUUUUGACAGCCGGAAGGGAAGCCUCUAGUAACAAAACAAAGCAAGGACAAGUGGAAGUGAGCUGUACUAUUUUUAAAUUGGGUUUUAAUAAAGUGACCAGAAUCUUUUUUUAUA